UGACGUGAACCUUGCGAUUGAAGAGUUUUGCGGUCCCUUCCGAAGGAAAGCUGGAGGUGCUGGACGAUGCUGCUGCUACCGCCACGACGAGAGGGAUCUGACCAUUCUGCGCAAUCGAAAUCAGGACUGGGACUGGAGCAGUGCAGCAGUACUAUUCAUUGCCGACCAGCUUGUCCGUGCCUGAUCGAAGUAGCGAGGCAAGCGCUCGGAGAAGAGGGCCCGGAGGAGGAGGAGGAAGCGGAGUCGAAGAAGAGGAGGACGCAGAGCAGACUUGCAAAGGACAUCUUUCAUCUCUUCACUCUGGUUUCACGCACACUUUCGUGUCCUCAGCGCCUGCCGGCAUCCGUGCCGCCUGACAGCGAACGACUCCUCCCCCGUUCCCUUCUCUGCCGUUUUGUUUGCGUUGUGUGGUGUUGAUGUCGCAGCUGCAGCGAAUUUUGUGGUCCUAGGAGACGACACCUCUGGUGUAGGAACGCAUGCGGGCAGAGGGAAGGUGAGGGGAGUGAAGCGGGGUUUCUCGCCUAGGAAAGCGAGGCAGCGCACUGAGUCGAUUGUUUGGACGGUUGCGCAUCGAGCAGUUGGAAGAUCACCGCACCACAACUCUCAGGGGAGUGCGAUCGUGCAUAUGCCCAUCUGGUCUAGGUGAAGAACAUAUAUCGAAUAUAAGGCACUCUGAAUUGGAACAGGAUUUGGUGGGUAGCUGUGUUGGAAGGGAGUGACAAGGGUUGCGCAUUGGUGAGAAGUCGGUGACAGGCACACAGGUCCCAACAGUAAACUGUUAGGGUUGUGCAAAUUCAGAUUUAGUGCUAGAGAGAUUCACUGUUAUUUCAAAAGGUGGGCGUACUGGUCUAAAUGGCCCAAAUAGUGGAAGAUUGGUACAGGCAGAUGCCAAUAAUCACACGAAGUUAUCUUACACUGUCUGUGCUGACAACGGCAGGAUGUGCCCUCGAGGUGAUAUCACCGUAUUCAGUUUAUCUCAAUCCAAAUUUAGUGGUGAAGGAUUGGCAAGUCUGGCGAUUGGUGACAAAUUUUUUCUAUUUUGGAAAACUCGACCUCGACUUUCUGUUCCACAUGUUCUUUCUUGCACGGUACUGCAAGUUACUCGAGGAAACGUCAUUUCGAGGAAGGACAGCGGAUUUUUUCUUCAUGCUGCUUUUUGGUGGAAGUUUGUUAACCUGCAUGUUCCUUGGUGGAGCAUUUUUGACGUUCUUCUUACCUAUAGCAGAAAUCUACUUUUUAAGCAAUUCCCUCACAUUCAUGAUGGUGUAUGUAUGGAGCAAGCGCAAUCCUAAUGUGCAAAUGAGUUUCCUUGGUCUUUUUAGUUUCACCGCACCAUACUUGCCAUGGGUUUUAUUAUUAUUUUCCCUGAUGGUGGCUAGUAGCCCAUGGGUGGAUAUUUUGGGAAUGGCCGCUGGUCAUGCUUAUUAUUUUUUGGAGGAUGUGUACCCGGUGAUGACUGGACGUCGCAUCCUCAAAACUCCAGGCAUUAUCAAAGCUUUGUUCCCAGAGGAUAAUGUGGUUGUUCCUACAAGGCCAGCCAAUGGUUGGGGAGCUCCUGGUGUUGUUGCCGAAGCUCAGCCGCUUCAUAGAGAUUGACAAUAUUUCUUGUAAAAAUAAUGUGUAGGGAGUUGUCUACUUACAUGGCUGGCCUUCAGCUGACUAUCAGAUUUAGACCUCAAAAGUUAGCAUUAUCUUGGGAAACAAUCCCCGAGAAUGUACUAUAAUGGGUUGCAGUUUGCAAGCACAGGGAUAGCCAAUGGUGUGAUCAGAAUUUAGAUCACCAUGUGUUUAACACUUUCUUCGUCACUCGCGUUGUCACUUGCUCUCUUGAGACCCUUCCACAUUUAUGACAGUUACAUAAAUUUCACUAGUCAGCCACUUUGUGCGCAUCAGAUUUGUGUCAGAUGUAUUGUGCACGAGCCAGGUUCGAAAAAUUGACCUCUAACCUCUCGCCCAAUUUUGAAUCCCGAUCUAUUGU